AUGAGGCUGACUUUGCUUCGCUUUGCGCGGCUCAACCCGUCGGUCAAGGAGCUUCGGCUACAUCUCUGCCAGACUGGUGAAGAAUCAAAGGGUGUGCGCGAUUUCGUUAACACCCGCUACGUACAAUUGAAGCGGGAUAAUCCUACGCUACCGAUAUUGGUUCGUGAAUGCAGCGGCGUACAACCAAGAGUUUGGGCCCGUUACGAAUUGGGGAAAGAAAAAUCCGUAACACUAACAAACGCCACUGCUGAGGACGUCUCGAAGCAUAUCGAACAGCUGGGCAAGGCACAAUAG